AUGGCUGACGACUCCCCCAUCUCUGUCGCAGACGUGUCAAAGAAGGACGAUCAGAAUGAUCAGAGCGAUCAGAACGAUCAGAACGGCGACGAUGCCUCGGAGAAAACUUCGGUUUCUUCGGAGCCUGGGAGUGACCAUGAGUCGAAUGCUGAGGAUACCAAGGAGGAUGCAGAUGAGGCCAAGGAAGGGUCGCCAUCCCCAUCCCCCGCAUCCCCUGAGAAGCCCAAGAUCAAAAAGCGGAAGGCGUCCCGGCGUCGCAAGAAGUCGUCCUCUACAUCGGUGUCCUCCCGCCCCCGGAGCCGAAAAAGCCGCAGCCACUCGGCCAAACGCCCGCGACCUUCCACCAGCAACCGGCACCUGAUCGUCUGUUGGUACGGUCGCAAGUGCAACCGGACUGAGUGCUGGUUCAAGCAUCCUGAUGGACGUGAAUGUGAUGAGAGGAAGGGCAAAGGCGGAGGUGGCAAAGGUGAGCCGUGCAACUUCCGCCGGCGCCGCUCCUCCAGCGCACAUCGUCGCAGGGAGCGUUCGGGCUCUCGACAGAGGUACAGAAGUCCUCAGAAGUCCCGCAGGCGCCCUGUGGCAAGCCGUUCGGCCUCCACCAAACCUACCAGGCCCCGGAGGGGAAGGAAGUCAAAUGUGGAGAAAGAGUGCAAAGACACGGAGGGCAACCCGGAGGGCAACCCGGAGGGGAAGCAGGUUGAGGUUCAGACCAAGGUGAAGGAGGUGAAGAAUCCGCUGAAGAAAGUGAACUUUCGGGAGUUCAUGAUGAACCACUGCGAAGAUGGAGCUUCACCUGAGGAUGCCAUCGUGGCCUUCAAGGUUUACUGCGAAGAUCUUGUCAAGAAGGAGUUGGACAUCUUGAAGAACACUGGCCUUUUCUUUGACCUCUACCACCCCAUGGCUCAGUUGCGCUCCUAUGAUUGGCAGCGUCAGAUGGCACAGAUUCGAUCCCGCAACUUUGCCCACGACUUGAAUGCCAACAAGUACCACAGUCUCUCCUUGCGAGCCAGACGUCCUGGUCUGCCUGGUGCCAACGUUCCCAUGGCCCCCACAUGUCCCGUGGCGGGCCACUUGAAAGCUCCGGAGUUUGCAUUCGAUGCCAACGUGGGUGCUUUGAUGAUCAGUGGGCUUCCCGUGGCUGUGAGCACAUGGGAUGUUGUGGAAGCUAUGCAGGACUUUCCAGGAUUUAUCACGGCUGCUUGGACUCCGCCUUCUUCGGAAAAAGAACUGAGCCGCACGUUCUACGCCAGCUUUGCCGAUGCUAAGGCAGCCCGUGCUGCAUUGUUUGGACUAUCAGAACAAGCAGAUUUGCUGAGCAACAAGGGGCUGACCGCGGGUGUUGCCCGUGCCUCCCUGCUCGAAGCCUCUGUGGAUCUGAGUGCUUUGGUGCUUCCGCCGGAGAUGUCGUCCCCUGAGCGACUGAAAAAGGACAUGGAACUGUCAGCGAAGGUGAUUCGGAAGAUGGACGACCAUUUUGGGAUCUCAGCUGACGCAACCACCGCCGUGCUGAGCCAUCAGUUGGACACUGAGAGACAGCUGGACAUUCAAAUUUUGUGCCUUCGACGUGUGCAUCACUUCUGCUUCUAUUCCGGGAAGUGGUGCAAGGACGAGUGGACCUUGCGAGACUGUUGUGGAGCCGCUGCCUUGCGCGAAACUCCAUCUGCGUCUGGCGACAGCGGACCAUCUGUGUGGGCUGUUGGACACGAGAAACGGAUCCACGACUUCUUGCAACAAGCGAUGGACAAGGAGAUUGUGGGCCGCCCCAUGGUGUUGCAUCAUCAAGAGCCCAAGGUCUUGGAACGUUUUCAGAGAGCUGCAAAUGAGAAGAUCCUGAAGGUUCACGAUCAGAAGUUCCAAUGUCAGGCCUGCAACAAGUUCUUCAAAGGCCCUGAGCACGUCUUCAAGCACUUGCAUCGGAUUCACACGAACAUCUUGGACGGUGUUCGUGAAGAGCUACACCAGGAAAUCGCUCGGAGUGCAUUCCUUGCAGCCAUGAGGGACUGUCCUGCAGUCGGAGUGCCACAGGGAUGUCGAAACCGUGAAAAUGAGGGGCUUUGCGGUCAUGGUCACCAGCUCGCUGUGAAUUUCCUGUCUGAAGUGAGCACGGCACGUGUCUCCAUGGCGAAGGGUCGUGGCUCGGACACCUCCGUCUCUGACUCAGAGACAAAGGUGAAGAGCACGGCCAAGGGCCAGAAACCGUCCAAGAGCCGCCAGCGCAUUGUGUGUGCGUAUGGGCGUGCAUGUACGCGGGCUGAGUGCCCAUUUGAGCAUCCCAAUGGCUUCAAUUCAAGGACCGAGAAAUUUGACAGCCCAGGGAAGCGCCGAAGGCGUGAGCCAAGUCGAUCCGUCUCCAACAAACCUACAAGACCAAAGAGGGGACGGGAGGAGCCAAGUGUGGAGGAUGAGAGCAAAGACAUGAGGAUGAACAAGGAUGACAAGAAAGGCGAUACAAGAAUCAAGCAGGUGAAGAAGAAUCCGCUGAAGAAAGUGAACUUUCGGGAGUUCAUGAUGAACCAUUGCGAAGAUGAAGCUUCACCUGAGGAUGCCAUCGUGGCCUUCAAGGUUUACUGCGAAGAUCUUGUCAAGAAGGAGUUGGACAUCUUGAAGAACACUGGCCUUUUCUUUGACCUCUACCACCCCAUGGCUCAGUUGCGCUCCUAUGAUUGGCAGCGUCAGAUGGUACAGAUUCGAUCCCGCAACUUUGCCCACGACUUGAAUGCCAACAAGUACCACAGUCUCUCCUUGCGAGCCAGACGUCCUGGUCUGCCUGGUGCCAACGUUCCCAUGGCCCCCACAUGUCCCGUGGCGGGCCACUUGAAAGCUCCGGAGUUUGCAUUCGAUGCCAACGUGGGUGCUUUGAUGAUCAGUGGGCUUCCCGUGGCUGUGAGCACAUGGGAUGUUGUGGAAGCUAUGCAGGACUUUCCAGGAUUUAUCACGGCUGCUUGGACUCCGCCUUCUUCGGAAAAAGAAUUGAGCCGCACGUUCUACGCCAGCUUUGCCGAUGCUAAGGCAGCCCAUGCUGCUGUGCUUGGACUAUCAGACCAAACAGAUUUGCUGAGCAACAAGGGGCUGACCACUGGUACUGCCCGUGUCUCCUUGCUCGAAGCCUCAGAGCUCAGUGCCGCUGUGCUUCCACCGGAGAUGUCGUCCCCUGAGCGCCUCAAAAAGGACGUGGAACUGUCAGCGAAGGUGAUUCGGAAGAUGGACGACCAUUUUGGGAUCUCAGCUGACGCAACCACCGCCGUGCUGAGCCAUCAGUUGGACACUGAGAGACAGCUGGACAUUCAAAUUUUGUACCUUCGACGUGUGCAUCACUUCUGCUUCUACUCCGGGAAGUGGUGUAAGGACGAGUGGACCUUGCGAGACUGUUGUGGAGCCGCUGCCUUGCGCGAAACUCCAUCUGCGUCUGGCGACAGCGGACCAUCUGUGUGGGCUGUUGGACACGAGAAACGGAUCCACGACUUCUUGCAACAAGCGAUGGACAAGGAGAUUGUGGGCCGCCCCAUGGUGUUGCAUCAUCAAGAGCCCAAGGUCUUGGAACGUUUUCAGAGAGCUGCAAAUGAGAAGAUCCUGAAGGUUCACGAUCAGAAGUUCCAAUGUCAGGCCUGCAGCAAGUUCUUCAAAGGCCCUGAGUACGUCUUCAAGCACUUGCAUCGGAUUCACACGAACAUCUUGGACGGUGUUCGUGAAGAGCUACACCAGGAAAUCGCUCGGAGUGCAUUCCUUGCAGAUCCUGCCCAUCCUCCCGCACAUGCGAUGACCUCGUGA